CGGCGGGAAAGUUGAGCGGCGUCUGUGAGGCGCUGGGGACGAUGAGCGGACACUUCCGGAGGGCGGAGUCGGGGACGGAGGUUGAACGCCAGCUUGGCUCCACUGGCCGAAACAGCCAUGGCUGAGAACUGGAGACUGGGGCCAAAGGCGGUCUCAGCCGAGGCAUAUGUAGGAAGCUGGGGCCGAACGCAGAACCCGGAGCCUGGGAUCGAGCUAGGAAGCUGCUUGCUCGACUAGAGGGUAGAAGUUCUCUGAAAACUCUUGAGCCAUUUCUUUUUGCUGAUGAAGGAUUUCCCAUUCAUGGCCAUGCCAUGGGAAGAGAGAAUCUUGAAGAAAAACCCUCACCGUUAAAGUGCGAUAUUCUGGAAUUUCAUGGUCAAGAAGGAACAGGAAAAACAGAAAUGCUCUACCAUCUGGUCGCCCGCUGCAUCCUUCCCCGAUCGGAAGGAGGACUGGAAGAGGAGGUCCUAUUUGUUGACACAGACUACCACUUCGACAUGCUCCGGCUCAUCACCAUCCUCGAGCACAGACUCUCCCAGAGCUCAGAAGAGGCGAUCAAACUGUGCCUCGGGAGGCUGUUCCUCGUCUACUGCAGCAGCAGCGUUCAACUCCUUCUCACGCUCCACUCCCUAGAGACGAUGUUCUGCAGCCGCCCGUCCCUCAGCCUCCUGAUGGUCGACAGCCUCUCGGCUUUCUACUGGAUCGACCGUGCCAAUGGAGGAGAGAGCCUCACCCAGCAAGAAGCCACCCUGAGGAAGUGCACCAGGCUCCUGGAGAAGCUCGUGAAAGAGUAUCACCUGGUCCUGUUGGCCACCACACAAGCGAUCAUGCAGAGAAGCUCCAAGGCCUCAGAAAACUCUGCUUCGGCUUGGGAAGGAGACGGGGACUACAGACCGUAUCUUUGUAAAUCCUGGCAGCAACUGGUCAACCACCGGCUCUUUUUUUCCAAGCAAGACAACGGUGAGGACCCCAAACAGAUGUUUUCAUUCACUUCCUGUCAUCUGAAAAGUAACAGGUUUGCCAAGCGUUUCUUUAGUAUCGGAGAAGGAGGGGUUCAGUUUUGUUGACACCUUUGAGCUGAGAAACCGGGAUUUCAAGUCUUCCUCUGCUCUAUCAAAAGUAAGUUUUUAGAUCUUUUGUUUGAUGGCACUUAGGACCCCAGCUUUGACAUGCCAGUGUUAGAUUUUUACAGAUUGCUCGUAGGGCAAGGUUUCUACUAAAAUACGGCACUUGAGACAUUCACGGUGUCUCAUGAAAGAAAGACUUUCAGGCCAGGUUUUAAUCCAUAGCUCAUUCUACCAGUAUGAAAAGCCACUUAACAUUGUUUUUAAACUUUUUCGCUAUGCCUCGGCAAAGGAAAUGAAUAAAGAACUUUAUUUUUA